AUGGCGGUACCGAAACGCUUCUUACUUCUCGCGUCAGCAGCGUUCACCUGGUUUAGUCAGCGGUAUGCUCCUGCUGUGACCAUCUCCAACGGCCCAAUCAAAAACACAACUGCGAUUUUCGCUAUAGCCUUGUUUUCCCGGUUGUUUUGGAGUGUGAUUGUCUAUCCACUAUUCUUGAGUCCGUUAAGGGGGUUGCCUUCACCGCCGGACGGGCAUUUUCUGCUUGGACAUUACCGACGCAUCUUCAAAGAUCCAACUGGUGAACCGCAAAGGGACUGGAUCGAUACUGUGCCAAACGAUGGCGUGUUACUUUAUCGCUGGCUGUUCAAUGAGCCGCGUAUCCUUGUGACGAAUCCUAAGGCGAUUGGUGAAGUUCUCGUGCACAGGAAUUAUGAGUUUGUCAAGCCAUCGAGAUUGAGAAAGGGUCUGGGUAGGUUGCUUGGAGUUGGAAUUCUGCUAGCUGAGGGGGAUGAGCAUAAGCGCCAACGGAAGCUGCUAAUGCCUGCCUUUAACUUCAGGCACGUCAAGGAUUUGUACUCCAUCUUCUGGAGUAAAUCACAAGAGCUUACAGACAAGAUCUCUGAGACGAUCAAGAGUAGUCCCGACGGGUCGUCUGUCGUUGAGAUUGGCCAUUGGGCUUCUCGCGCAACUCUCGACAUCAUUGGCGUCGCAGGAAUGGGCAAAGACUUUGACGCCAUCAGUAACCCUAACAACGAACUCAACGAAACCUAUCGCAAGAUCUUCGCUGGCGCUCGUGGCGCCCAGCUCAUCCAAGUCUUACUCAAUCUACUUCCUCACUGGCUCGCCGUUAAUCUUCCUUUGGAGCGCAACGACGUCAUCGGUAACGCAGUUGAAACCGUCAAGAAGGUAGCCCGCGAACUUAUUCGCGAUAAGCGCGAAAAGAUGGAAGCUGGCGAAGCAAAAGGCACUGAUAUUCUCAGCGUAGCAAUGGAGUCUGGUGGUUUCUCCGAUGAAGAUCUAGUAAACCAACUCAUGACCUUCCUCGCAGCCGGCCAUGAAACAACGGCCUCAGCCAUGUCAUGGGCCGUGUAUUGCUUGUGUCAGCACCCCGAGGUGCAGACACGCUUGCGGCAGGAGAUCCGCACCGAGUUGCCGGAAGCGCUGGAACCUGGCGGCCAAAUUUCUUCGACUGAGAUUGACCGACUACCGUAUCUGAAUGCCGUGUUGCAGGAGACGAUGCGUAUCUUCCCUCCUGUACCGCUCACCCUCCGUGAAACCGCCCAGGACACAACAAUUCAAAACCACUUCAUUCCUGCAGGCACCACUGUCGUAAUCUGCCCCUGGGCCAUCAAUACCUCCACCCAUAUGUGGGGUCCAGAUGCCCGCUCCUUCAACCCGGACCGCUGGAUGCAGCCUGGGACUGCCAACACCGGUGGUGCGGAGUCAAACUACGCCAUCACAACUUUCUUGCACGGGCCGAGGAGUUGCAUUGGAAGAGACUUUGCGAAGGCAGAAUUUGCUUGCUUGGUCGCGAAUUUGGUUGGCAAGUUCGAGAUUGAGUUUGAGGAGCCAGGGCACGUGGCGGAAGUUCAGGGAGGCAUCACGGCAAGACCUAAAGGUGGGUUGAAUGUCAGGCUUAGGGACGUUAGCAGCGAGAAGGCGUAG